AUGUCCUCCAACACCUGCCCGGAGUAUGUCAACGACGAGGACGCCAUGGCCGUGGACAGCCCCGUGGAGCAGCAGUCGCCUUCAGGCAUGGCCAAACUCAUGAUCGAAGAUGACUUGAACGCUGGCGAGCCGAUGUGCCUUGACGAGCCAGAGACCCAGCACACCUCAGGUGCGGAAAGAUAA